AUGUCUUCUGCUUUCGUUCAGCGUCAGGCUCCGGCCUUCACUGCUACUACCGUCUUUCCUGGCGGCGAGUUCAAGGACAUUUCCUUGUCGGAUUAUCUUGGUCAAUGGGUCGUCCUUCUCUUCUACCCUCUUGAUUUCACAUUCGUCUGCCCGACCGAGAUCAUCCAGUACAACGAUGCCCUGCCGCGCUUCCGUGCCAUCAACACUACCGUCCUCGGCGUCUCAACCGACUCUCACUUCUCCCACUUGGCCUGGACUGAGAGACCUCGCAAGCAGGGUGGUCUAGGCUCAGACUUGGAACUGCCUUUGGUAGCAGACAAGUCUCACAAGAUCUCUCGCAGCUAUGGCGUUCUGAUUGAGGACGAAGGCGUCGCCCUACGCGGUCUCUUCAUCAUCGACCCUAAGGGUGUUCUCCGACAGAUCACCGUUAAUGAUCUUCCCGUCGGACGCGACGUCGAAGAGACAAUCCGACUCGUUCAGGCGUUCCAAUUCACCGAUGAGCACGGCGAGGUCUGCCCGGCAGGCUGGCAAAAUGGCAGCAAGGGAAUGAAGGCUGAUCCCAAGGGUAGUCUAGAGUACUUUGCUGCUCAGGAUGGUUCAACUGAGAAUGGUCAUGUCAAUGGAAAUGGCGAGUCUAAGAAACGAGCCAGAGUGGAUUAG